AUGAAUUCUGCAACAGAAACACCUAACACUACUACAAAUAAUGAAACUUCUAGAAAUACAGAAACAACUACUGCACAUACCACUACAACUGCAGAAGUAGCUACUUUUGAAUAUCCAGCAGAAGAAGGCGAAGUGAUAUUUGUGCCCAACGAAAAAGAUCUACAUAGAAUAGAAGAUGUUGAAAAUGAAUUUUAUAAUAGACCAGUGCUUAUAAGUGACAUGAUAAGUAAAACUGCUAUUGGAGAUGUUAUGAAGAAGGCGGAAACUGAGCCUCCAAAUCAAGAUAUUCUUUUCAUUUCUGGCAAGAACGCCGAACAACAAGAGAAAGAACCACAAAAAGAAAGCGAGAAACAUUUAGACACAAGACGAGAUGGAAAUAAUAAACAAAGGAUCAAGAAAAAACUGGAUUGCAAGAACUUGAAUUGUAGGAACAAGUUGGAAUCGGUAUGUGGAGUCAAAACGGACCAUAAUCAGUUAAAACACAGGUUGUUUUUGAAUGAAUGCUUCUUUAGAAAGGUCAACUGCGCUUUUAAAUAUGAAGAAAAUAGAUACAAACAAGUAGAUAACUAUCGCUGCCGCAACGUGGGAGCCCACCUCCCUAUAAGGCCAAGUGUGACUCCUACCCCACCUACACCAGCACCGCCGAAACAAGACUUGAACAUGCGCAGGAGUUUCUCUUCUAGGAGAUCUAUGAACCGAGGCAUCGACGGUAGCUUCUGUUCCCACCCCUGCCCCAGCUCUUGCCCGGACGAUUACGACCCAGAAUGUGCUGUGUCCAAAAAAGGGGAGAGGAAGGUCUUCGUGAACCACUGCAAACUGGACAUGAACUCAUGUUUCUAUGGCGAAGUAUGGCAACAGCGCCCCCUAGCGGAAUGCGUCGGUGGCAAGAAAGCUGAUAUGCGUCAGAACAGAGGGUUCAUAGCUUGGAUGCAGCGGGUGGGGAUGGUGAACAACAAAGGAAAACUGAUGAUUUGA